AUGGAGUGGGAUUUCCGAGUACGUGAUAGAUAUCAAGCUGAAAGAGCAAAGAGCAAGCUAGAAGAUUCGCCCGAGCACAACUGGGCGGAAACGACAUAUGAUGGCAAAGAAGGCUCCGAUGUCAUUGCUGUACCGAAUCAUUGGCACCGAGUACGCUCCCGUUAUUCUCCUGCAUCAAUCACAGACAACACGUUUAUUGACUUGACACAUAACCAGAAUCACGAUGAAAUCAUGGAAGUGUUGGAAGGGAAAAUGAUUUUUUACCUCGAUGGCAAAGAACAUCCUACAUCAGCUGGCGAUCCACCAAUCAUAAUUCCACGUGGACAUAUCCAUGGCUUUACUAUCAUCAAAGGCACCUAUGCCCGCUUCAUCGAACGUACCGUACCCACCGGUACCUUCAAAGCGCUGUUCUUUCAAGACCUGUUCCAGCGCCCUGGAAUACCUAGUUUCCUUAUGGUAAUGCGCGCUUUCUAUGAUGGCGAUGCAUUCGUUUCUCUUCCGGGUGGUUUUAAGUGGUUGGAUUAUUUAUUUAUUACUAUAGCAGGGCUUCUGGCCAAGGCUUUUAUGCCGGGAAAACCGGCGACUGUGAGACGACUAGGAAAGUGA